UCGGAAUGAACACUGACGGUCAAGGCUCGAGUUUAAGUGAGAAAUGAAGAAGAAGGUGAGAAAGUGAAAAGUGUUGCACGAACAUUAAAGUCACCGCUCAUCCGGGGGCCAGCCCUUCGCCCUUUCCGUCAUAUUACCAGAAUCCUAGCUCUGUGUAAGGGUAGGUCCAAGUUCCAAGUUUAGGAAAGACCCGAUCCGAUUCUAAAAGAUUUGUAUGUACUUGCCUUACUGUGCUGUAUGAUUAUUCAUUCCGUUGGUACUCGGUCCUCAAUUGCGAUCAUUCAAUGUUCUAACCUCCCAUUGUUCCACAUCGUCUCUCCUUACUUCAACCUUGCAACACUUUGAAUUCACUCAAUCCACCCCUAGCCAUAUCGUCUUGACUUAAUUGCUAUUGCUUUAUUUCGCGCAAAAGAGUACUUUACAAUGCCAAUUCGAAACCCAUUCGCAAGGCGACCCGGUCUGCUAGGCGGUACCGAGGUCAAGGAUGAGAACGUUCGACCCGGUGCGCUGGUUCCCGAAUCUGCGCAAGCAGGCUUCGAAAAGGUCGACACAAUUGGUUCCAAGGCAUCUUCCUCUCUAAGUAUUCGAAGCUCAAAGAGCCGAGACACCGGCGAUUACAAAAUGAGUGUCGUCAACGACAGCGGGGUCUAUCUCCCGCCCUCUCCAACCGACGACAAGAGCCUCUGGCCAAGACGUUCAGCAGCGUCCCGAACAUCCAUGGAUACCCGUAGCAGUUUUGGUGAUAUUGAGCAUUUCUCCAUCUCCCGCGAAUCUUUCGACUCCUACCGCCGGUCCUUCGACAUCUCAGCCAGAUCGCCUGUCAUAGUCCACGAUCAACCCCGCCAGAGUCUUGAUUCCGCCCGAUUUACUCGAUCGCAACGGAUGUCAAUCAGAAACCGUCCUUGGGACCCGCCCACCGCCGAAGAGGGAUUCGAAGAAGUCGGAUUGAAUGAUGACCAGAAGCAGCAACCGAAGAAGAGAAGUUUCUUCUCCAAAUUCUCCGAGUCGCAAGAGCCUAGUGCGCCGCAUUCCCAGAGUACUGGUAUGGGUAUGUCGCGAUUCAUCCCGGGACGCAAACGAGCGCAAAGCGGUCAGGGAUCCGAAUUGGGUCACAUCGAACGACCCAAGUCUCGCCAGUCCAUCGAAGAACAAGAAAUGCAGUAAUACCCUAUGCCCUACACCUUAUACCCUAUAUGAGACGAAUGGAUUGGAAACAAUAUGCAUAGAUGAUUUUACGGAGUUUAGGAGGUACCGGAUGGGGCUUCAUGAUAUCUGAGCGAUCGCUUGCCCCUUGUCCAACAGAGACUUCGAUUUCUUCACACCCCGUCGCUCGCUUCUCUACCUGACGAGCUGAUAGAUGGUUAGGGACAAAAGGCAGAUGGAACGGUUUAAACUGUGUAAUCUGUGGUCCCCAAUUGGGGAAAAUUAAUAAUGAGAUAAAAGGGUUCGGAAUGGUACAGGAUAUCUGCUAUGGAGAAUCAGAUACCAGCUCGUAAUGACCCAAAUAUAUAAUUUCUACCUCAGACUACGACUGCUAUUCGCAUGUGCUUAGAAAAGUCUCAAUAUAAGCGCAUACAUCACUC